AUGCUCACUUGCAUUGAUGUGCAAAGCACCGAAUCGACAUUGCUUCGCGAGAUCGCUAACCAAAAUCCGGAUGAUGAAUUCCUCACUUCAUUGGUUGACUGUGCGCUUGAAAAGUUGCUGGCCCCGGCAGCUAAGGACAAUCUCGCCGGAGGAGAAGCUACAGAUUUGGCGUACCGAUCAAAAAGAGAGGCAGUGGAUUGCUUGACAGGCGCUAAAGAGAAAAACUGUUGCUUACCGGAUGACACUAGCGAUGACUGUAAUUGGUCUAUUAUUGCAGAGCUACCAACCGAGUUGGGAUCCGUUAAUUCAUUCUCGAUGUGUGAGGAUUCUGAUGAAUCCGAAGACUACCUAGCUGAGGCUGAGAAGGCCAUGCAUCUGCUCAGAGCCAAGGGAUCAAGUGUAUCAAAGGAGUCCGAAUUGACCGAAUGGAACGAAGGUUGUUAUUGGUAUGAACGGGGCGAAGCUGCUGAUCGCGAUUGGUUUUUUUUCUAA